AUGGGCAACUCAUCGUCAUCGCACGGCCACAGCAGCAGCAGCAAAAGUAGCCGCAAAUGUCGCAGUCUCCCAAAUUCGCCGGAUGUCAGAAGACAAAUACCCUCCGCUUAUUCCAAGACCAAUGGCGGCACUGCUAUACCGUUGCCCGCCACCGUUAUGGUGCAACGACGGUGUCCACCGGAUAAAGUACGACCACUGCCGCCCACACCGAAUCAUACGCCAUCCAUACCCGGCUUGGGCAAAAGCGGCGCUGACUUCAACAUCGGCCGUCCGAACAGUCCACCAACCAGUAAUCACACCAUACAAAGUCUGAAAACUGGCAAUAAUAAUGGCUUACGGCCACCAUCGAUCAAAGCAACCCAUCCUAGCGGCAUACCGCCACCAAGUGGCAUAACCGCAGCCGCCAAUGUGGCACCACCGCACCCACAACAAAAGCACUCUAUGCUUGACAAGCUUAAGUUGUUCAAUAAGGAAAAACAGCAACACCAGAACGCAGUAAAUGCCGCCUCUACUAAAAUACAGGCGCAAUCAAAGCGUACCUCAUCAUCGUCAGGUUUCUCCUCAGCGCGUUCUGAACGUUCCGACUCUUCGCUGAGUCUCAACGAUGGACACAUAUCACAAAUCAAGCCACCAACUGUCAGCGUAACAUCUGGUAAGGGCAAAGUCAACACAAAACAAUCCAAGCUGAUGGCCGCACAACUGAAGAAAGAGCAAACCAAAGCCAGUAAGCUGGACAAGAAGGAGAAGAGUCCAGCACGUUCGCUGAACAAAGAAGACUUUAGUGGAGAAAGCAAAAGUUCGACAAUGGGUCGCACGAAAAACUCACUGCCACGUGUUAGCGAAAAAAAUUCGGCGAAGUCUUCCUCGAAGGGUUCACUCAAUUCCAAGUCUGACUCGAAAUCUUCACUAAUAGUGCCGCCCACCAAAGGACUUUGCAGUCCAAAUAGCUCGAACACAGGUCUGCCCAAACCAAUCGCUGCCAUUAAGGGCACUAGUAAGUUGCCACAACCGCCUUUAGGUGGUGGAAGCGGCGAUAAUCGUAGCCGUGGCAUGAGUAAUUCAAACUCGCAACAUGAAAUGAUGAAGCGUGAAAAGAGUGACAUAUCAAGCAUGCAUACAAACAUAUCUGGUGAGACGAAGUCAAAGGAAGCACAGCAGCAGCCACAUAUCGUGAAACCGGUACCGAUAUUACCGGAACCGGGCAGUAAGCCGCCAUAUUACGCCAACACAGCAAGCAUAUCACAACAGCAGCAACAGCAAUUACAGCUACAGCAACAACGGCAGCAACAAUAUCAACAGCAACAACAAGCUUACUAUAAUCAGCAGCAGCAGCAGCAACAACAACAGCAACAAGAGCAUGGCACAUACAUUAACAACAGUCGCCUGCCGCCACCGAAAUCCGCUGGCUCUCCUUCCUCCAACACGCCUACGCGUAAGCUUGAGUACAAUGCCGGGCCGGGCAUACUCUCCUCACCACAACGUUCACCGCUACGUGGUCUGGCACAAUCGCCCGACUCACCAUCCGCACAUCAACACCACCACCAUCAGCACGCGAGCUCCAAGUUCCAUACAAUACCUUCCAGAAUCGACACUAUUUACGAAGAGAAGAAACCCACGGGUCUACUGCCCAUGCCACCUUUACUACGCGGCUAUAAUUCGCAUGUAACGUUGCCUACACGUGGCGUGCGUGGUGGUGGCGCCCACAAUUAUGUCGUCGACUUUGUCGAAACGGAAAUCAACCAAGGCUACUGUAGCGACGGAGAUUCGUUGAGGGUUAGCGCAUCGGCGCGUUUGGCGCAACGCGCAGCCGCAACGGCUAGACGGUACCAUGACAUAGAUAACGGCUACCUGUCGGAGGGUAGUGGUGGUGUGGGAAAUCAUGGCAUGGUAAUGGGUGGUGGUAUGAGUGCGGCGGCGCACACGAAGCACUUCCUGAGUAUGAUGCGAGCAAGGACGCAACUGCCGACGACCAUCGAAGAGCGCAUUCGUAACAGCCGUGGCAGUCUCGAUAGCAUCGGCACCGCACCGCCUUCAUCGGCUGCCUCACAGGCCAGCUCUAGCGGUGGCUCAAACCCGAAAAUGGAUAGCACUAGCGGUGGUGUUGGUGGCGGCGUCGGCGGCGGCUCUGGCAACACCAGCGCCAAUGCAAGCCCACAACAUCACACACAUCAGCAUUCGCAACACGCGCACCAUUCCGCUGGCGUCGUGGGUGUACAUCGCUCCAAUUCACGAAAUGGGCGUGACAACUGGACAAAAAUGCCGGAGCCACUAAAUGGACACAACAAAGGCGAAAAAUCGGAAAAGUCAUCGCCUUCAAGGCGUAGCAUGGGUGGCGGUAGUGGCGGCUCUUCCAAGCAAGGUUCACCAUCGGGUCGCACCAAAGGUGUACCACCCAGUUUUGGCUAUGUGAAACGUGCCAAUGGCAGCGCCACGGCUACGGCGGAGCAACAGAAUAUCGCUAUGAUGGGCGCAGCAAUGAUGGGUGGUGGUGGUGGUGGUGGUCAGACAAAUGGCGGUCAUUCACCGGGUGGCAUGUGUGGCGGUGUGGGACGCACAGCGCACGUUUCGGCGGUGCCGCGCACUGCCACUGCACCUGGCGGCGGACGGAAAGUGUCGGGGGGAACGCAAACGCUGCCCAACGAUAUGUCAAAAACUCCUCCCAACACCCAGCACCGCAGCUUUUCUUUAACUGGACCUGGCGCCACACAGCUAAGUCAGUCGAUACGGGAACGCCUAGCCACUGGGUCGCAUAGUUUACCCAAACCGGGCACGGACUUGCAUCUCUUUCAGCAUAGAAUCUCCAAUCGCCCUGGCAAAAUGAUCGAUGGUUCACUCUCGGACACGCAAACCUACGCCGAGGUAAAGCCCGAGUACAGCACAUACGCCAUGUGGCUGAAGCAUAGCAAUACCGCAGGCAGUCGCCUAUCUGAGGGCGAUUCGCUGGAGAAUAUGCAAAUUGGUUCGCCGGCAAUGACGCGUCAUGGCCACAAAAUGCUGCAACAUCGUAAUGCUGCCGCAGCCGUAGCAGCCGCAGCGGCAGCUGCAGCAGCUGGUGCUGUACAGCAGGGUGGCGGUGGUGGUGUUGUGUCAGCCGUGGGUGCAGCGGGUGGCAGUGAGUCGCCAUAUGUGCAGAGUCCACGGCUGAAUCGGAGCAAUAGCAUAAGAUCCACAAAAUCGGAGAAAAUGUACCCUUCAAUGCUGAGUCGCGGACCUGAUGUGGAAAUCGAACCCUACUAUUGCCUACCCGUGGGCACAAUAACCGCACAAAAUGGUUCGUUAUCAGCGCAAAUGGCCGCUGUUGCGGCCGCUGCAAUGUCACAUAUGACUGGACAGCCAACGGCUGGUCCAACUGGUGCGCCAGUGGCUUGGAGUCAACCGACAUCGCCGACACCAAUUAGUCGUGGCUUCGGCGGCACUCUUUCGCCUACACAUCCAGCCGGCAUGCCUGGCAUGGUUGGGCUGGUGGGUGCGCCUGGUAGUGCCAACACCAAUACAACGGCACAUCGUCUUACAUAUCCGAAGAAGAACGAUGAAGUUCAUGGUAGUGCCGCAUCAUUGCUCUCCGGUGGCAGUUCAUUAUAUGGUUCAGCAGAGGAGCGCCAGGCCAAUGAAAUACGUCGUUUGAAGCGGGAAUUAUUGGAUGCACGUGAACAGGUGUUGAGCUUGAGCAGUCAACUGUCAACAAAUAUCGGCAACGGUCUAAAUGAGUUGGUUUAG